AUGGUUCGCAAGGGCUUCAGACAUUUGCCGGUUAUGGAUGAGAACCAGGAUAUUUCGGGUAUUUUGGAUAUUACCAAGUGUUUCUACGAUGCGAUGGAGAAGCUGGAGCGUGCUUAUAGUUCGUCGCGCAAGCUGUACGAUGCGUUGGAGGGUGUUCAGACUGAGCUGGGCUCGAGCCAGCCCCAGCAGGUCAUUCAGUACGUCGAGGCGUUGCGAUCCAAGAUGUCCGGCCCGACUCUUGAGACUGUCCUGGAUGGCAUGCCCCCGGUGACUGUCUCUGUCCGUACCACGGUCAAGGAUGCCGCGGCAUUGAUGAAGGAACAUCACACCACUGCCUUGCUUGUGCAGGACCAAGGCUCCAUCACCGGUAUCUUCACCAGCAAGGAUAUCGUUCUCCGUGUCAUUGCCCCCGGUCUGGACCCUGCCACUUGCAGCGUGGUUCGCGUUAUGACUCCCCACCCGGAUUUCGCUCCCUCCGAUAUGAGCAUCCAGGCCGCGCUCCGCAAGAUGCACGAUGGCCACUACCUCAACCUCCCCGUCAUGAACGAGGGCGGCGAGAUCGUCGGCAUGGUGGAUGUGCUGAAGCUCACCUAUGCCACCCUUGAACAGAUCAACACUAUGUCCACUCAGGACGACGAGGGUCCGGCCUGGAACAAGUUCUGGCUGUCUAUGGAUCACGAGUCCGAUUCUAUGGUCUCUGGAAGCCAGCCGGCCCCUCACACGCCACACCGCUCCGUCAUGAGCCCCGAUCUGGCUCGCUCACAGUACGAUAACAGCGUCUUGCCGAACGAGUCUGCUUCCCACCACGGUGGUGAAGAGCACUCCGAAGUGGCUUCUCAGCAUCACCAGCACCACCAUGCCGAGAAUGUGCCGUUCCCUUUCAAGUUCAAGGCUCCCAGUGGUAGGGUGCACCGUGUGAACGUCCUCAGCUCCUCUGGCGUUUCCGAUCUGGUCGCUCAGGUGACUGCUAAGCUUGGCACAGAGAUUGAGGCCGUGGGCGGCGAGGCCGUUGUGGAGGAGGGCCGACUCAGCAACACGGGUUAUGCCCUGAGCUACAUGGACAAUGAGGGUGACACGGUCUCGAUCACCACCGAUCAGGACAUGCUGGAUGCCAUUGACUUGGCCCGUCGCGCCCACCGUGAUAAGGUUGAUCUCUUUGUUCACGACCCGGCCCAGCCUCCCAUUCCUGCCACCCUCGACCCGCAACCCGCCAAGCCUGCCACCCCCGUCAUCGAGGAGCCCAAGAGUGUGGUCACAGAGGUUCCAUCAGAGGAGCCUUUGUUGAGCAAGCCCCGCCAGGCCUUCCCUGCCCACCACGGUCCCGAGGAGCAGUUCAUCACUGGCGUUCCUAACGAGCUCCUCCUGCCAGGAGCCAUUGUCACUCUGGCGGCGGUGAUCGCGGGUGUAUUCAUCCUCAGCCGCCCCAGCGGUCGUUAA